AGCCCAGCCCGGCCGAGCCAGCCCGGCCCCAGCAGCGGCCGCAGCACCGCCCGCCCGCAGCCGCAUGCCCGGGCGGGCGCCGCCGUCGCCGUCCAUGCGGGGCGGCGGGGCCCAGGCGGCGGCAUGAGCCAGAGCGAGGUGUCGCCGUGCGCGGCGCCGCCGCCGCCCCCCAGCCAGCGGGUGUUCCAGGAGGCGGUGCGGCGCGGCAACACCAAGGAGCUGCAGUCGCUGCUGCAGAACAUGACGAACUGCGAGUUCAACGUCAACUCCUUCGGGCCCGAGGGGCAGACGGCGCUGCACCAGUCCGUCAUCGACGGUAACCUCGAGCUCGUCAAGCUCCUGGUCAAGUUCGGCGCCGACAUCCGCCUGGCCAACCGCGACGGCUGGAGUGCCCUGCACAUCGCCGCCUUUGGAGGCCACCAGGACAUCGUCCUCUACCUGAUCACCAAGGCCAAAUACUCCGCCGGCGCACGGUGAUGCCGGGGCUGCCCCGCGCUGCGCUCGCCCGGUGAUGCCGGGUGCCCCCAGCUCCGCGCUCCCCCGGCGAUGCCGGGGACCCUCCCCGCUUCCCCGGCCGCCAGAGCUGCUCCCGCCCCCGCCCGGGGCGGGUUUGGCGAAGAUUGGGGCCCCACGCAGAACACGCCACAUUUUUGAGUUUUUUGGUUGUUUGUUUGGUUUGGUUUUUUUUUAAUCUUCCAAGGGUUGUUUCCUACUGUAACGUGUUUUUUUUUUUUUCUUCCAUCUACCUCGGCUGCACUCACAGUAUUCACGGUUUCAGUUUGACAUCUGGGCAGAUGCUUUAACACCCCUCGCCCCGUUCCCUCUCCGCUAAUAUUUAAUCCCCCUCCCCGCCCCCCUCGCUCCCGACCCUCCCAUUUAAAGUGUUCUGGCUCAGUAGCUAAUUCAUUUCAACUCCCCCCGAAGGCCACCCCGCAGACCCCCACUGCUGCUGGGGUCCCCUCUCCGGUGCCAGCCCCGGACCGGGGCGCGAUGCCCCGUCCAUGGGCUGGGGCUCCCGGCCGGCCGCGGCCUUCCUGGCGAGGAAGAACAGGAAAGUCUUCUUCCUCUCCAAGGUUUUCCCGCCGCUGAUGUUUUUUUUGUCGAGGCAACUCCGUUGGAAUAUGACAGACGUGGUUUUCUCACCCUGAUUGCUCCUGGGUUUGGUUGAUUUUGCAUUGGGUUUUCUGCUUUGAUUCUUCCUUGGGUGUCCGAAGAAAGUCUGCUUCCUCACCCACUCCAUGAAUCUCUUCAGCACACGUGAGAUCCCAGGAAAAGACAUUGAGUCCUUGUGGUUUUGUGUGUAAAGGGGGAUUAGCAAAUCCUGGACUGUUUUUUCUUUAAAAAAAAAAAAAAGUGAAAUAAACUCUAGAGGCAGAGGAUUUGCUUUUGCACAGAAAAGGGGCGCGAGCGCUCUCUGCUGCCUGCAGAGAUGCUGGAAAACUACUGAAAAGAGUUUGGGAACUUUUAUUUUUUCUUUUGGUGAAACUUGGAUAACACUUCUCAAUGCAGAACGAUUCACUUGACGUACGUACACUCACUCGCCUUUUAUAGGAGAUAUAUAUUCCCACCGUAUAUAUCUUUAUAAAGGAAAGGGAGGAAGCAGAGCGAGCCACCCGAAGGUGCAUUUUGAAGUGACUGCACGUAUAAUCGCAAAUGCUGCUUUUUUUAUUGCUAUGGCACAAAAACAUCCAUUUGGAAAAUGCAGAAAAGUUCAGAAGUCUCCUUUCUCCUGCUGGUCUUUCAGCCCUCUUCUCCUUGUCUGCACUAAAGCCAUCCGUAUCACUGCCAUCUCCCCACUUUUUCUUCUCUUGCUCCCUGCAUCCAAACCAUUCUGAUUAAAAAAAAGAAAAGAAAA